AUGUCAGCCAUGAAGCGGAACACCAUUAAGCAGAAAUACUUAGAGCGGUCGGACGUUGCCACGACAAUUUUACAGCGUAGCCGCACAAGCAUGUCGUCGAACGGGUCGUUCAUUCCGGAAAUACAGGACUUUGAGUCGCAGUUCCAGUUUGAGCUGGGGAAAAGCUUCUUCGAUAAAGCGGUCGUGACAGCGAAACGCAACUACACCAUAAACAAUGCGUGUAAAUCGGAUGAUGUUCAGUUGUCGUCAAUGUCGGAGUUGAGUACGGACGGUCAAAGUUGGGGAUAUCAUGAUUUAUCGACGGACAACACAGGCUCGAGUAAAUCAUUGGACGGCGAGUUGUUACAGCAAUGGGACGACGAUAACACAACUAAUUUUGCGGAGUACAUAAUAAACGGAAUCCUGGAUCCAAGGAUCGUUGCCAGGAAGAAGAAAUUGAAAAGAAAACAACUUGAAGAAAAAGCGAAAAAAAGUGUGAUACCACGUGACCAAACUGAUGAUGACAUGCAAGAGGAAUCAAUAAGUGAAUUACAUACUAGUAUAGAGAAAAUCGAGCUUAACGGUGAAAAUAUUGAGUUUGUUACCGAGCAACCACGGGAAUUUACCGAAAAUGAAAAAGCUGCCGGUACAUGGGACUCUAAUAAGUGUGCAAAUGGUGAUACCGUUAGCGAGGCUAAAAAUGGAGAUACUAUUGGACUGGAGACUGAUGGACAACAAACCCCAAAUAACCGUGAAUCAAAUUUAACGGAAGAACAGAUUAAAGAACCUAUCAACAAUGAUUCUUCAGAAAAUCAGUCGAGCGAAACUAUCGUUGAUAUUAAAACCAGCGUUGUGCAAAACAGUUCAUCUGAACCAUUACUGAUGGCCAAUCAACAAAGCGAGGGGAUUGUUGUCGGUGAUAAAGCAACUUGUGAUGCGCCUAUAGGUGACGCUGGUGGCACUGUUAAGGAAGACGAUACCAAGUCGGGAGUUGAUGGAUCUGAAACCACAAGUGUCGGAAAACGGUCAAUCAAAAGCGGUCGAUCGUCGGGAAAAGGCAAGAAGGUCACUUUUGAAGAGAAGAAAAAAGGGAAACCGAAAUCGGCAAAAAGUGCUAAGGGAAAAAAGGGUAAUGACAAAAAGGGAGGGAAGAAAGAUAAAAAGGGAAAAAAGAAAAAAUCGCCAACACCUCCUCCUGUAGUUGUCCCUGAUACAAUUAUUGAACCAGAACCACUUGCGCAACCAUCUGAAGAACUUUUUAAUAAGCCAGAUGUGGAACCCUCUGAACCGCAAGAGCCACAAACGAUUAUUUUAGACGAACCACCAAAAUAUUGCCUUUAUACGGAGUACAAAUCAAAGGAACAAAUGGUUCGAGAGUGGUUGUACGCCAGUAACACUAACGGCGCUAUUCGAACUUUACCAAUCCUUUAA